UCUGCGACCGGUAACAACUUGUUGAGCAAACGCGAAUAUUUAAAUUAUUGUUGCGCGUAGAGUGGCACACGAAAUUGUUUUGUCGUAUUUUCAAAGUGAGCAGUGCCCAACAUUAGUUAACAAAUCUCAGAAAAUAUAUCAAACAAUUAACAGAAACUUAUAACAAACCAAUUAUUAAGUUGCCAAACCGAAAACUGAUUAGUUCAGACAGCCUGUUAUUGAAACGAAUAACUGUGCAAGAAUUUCACUGUGAAGUUGUAUGUCUGAGCCAAGUUUCCUCUUCGUUGAGAGCUCAAAUAAAAGGACACCUCCACUAUGUUCAAAGCUGUAAAAAUUAAGUCAAGAUUAUUAAUGGGCUUGAAAACGGCUCAUGCGGAUCUAACAAUUGUGAAGUUAAUACACUUUUAUGGCCCAACCUAUGCCGACAGCAACAUUUUUAAUAUAGAUGACUACAAAUCAAUGUUAGAAGAUUCUAACUUCUCUAAAACAAAGAAUACAGUACUAUAUUUACAUGGUUAUCUUGAGGACGCGGACAUUGAGAGUGUACAUGUGAUUGUGGAUGCGUAUCUCCAACGAAACGAUGUCAAUCUAAUUGUAUUGGAUUGGGGUGAAUUAGCCAAUGGCAAUUAUAUGUUUGACGCUGUAGUCAAUUGUAAGCAGCUUGCAUCCGUUUUGGCGAGAAAUUUAAUUGCCAUGUUUGAGAUGGGCUUGGACAUAGACAAGUUCCAUAUAGUAGGACAUUCACUAGGCGGACAAAUGGCUGGCAUAAUUGGACGAGAAGUAUACAGGCGUAACGGCAAAACGAAAAAACUUCCCAGGCUUUCUGCAUUAGAUCCUGCAUUUCCUUUAUUUUAUGGAACGUUCUCGUAUCAUUUGAGUAAACAUGAUGCAGAUUUUGUUGAUGUAAUCCAUACUGACGCCUGGAUAUAUGGGGCUCCAGUAAGUACUGGGACCGCAGAUUUUUGGCCCAAUGGUGGUACAACAUUACAACCCGGCUGCCCGAAAAGAAAUUAUAAGCUUCUUUCAGAUAACGAUUUAUCUAGUCAUCGCCGAUCUUGGUGGUUUUGGGCCGAAAGCGUCAAGAAAGAAUUCCCAUACCAUUUUUAUGCUGUUAAGGCAAAGAACUGGGCCGAUUUUAAAAAUGGCAAAUACGUCGAUAAUGAGGAGCAGCGUGUUGUGAUGGGUCAUGACUGCCCCACGAACAUUACUGGAGACUACUAUUUACAAACUAAUGGCAUACAACCUUAUGCAAGAGAUAUGGCUGGCAUAACCUAUGUUCAUCCUGCAAAACUGGUUGGAAACAGUCCCACGGAGAAUGAAGGCGUUGAGACGUCGAAAACAUAAUACUUAGAUCUUCUGCUAGUAUUAGUAUAUGUCCAACAAUUCUCAUUUUGUAUAAAAUCGUGUAAAUAUUUUAAUGUGUAUCAUUUAAUAACUUUGUUUAUGAAUAUAUGUAUGUA